AUGUCGAGCGGAUCAACAAGACAAACUUUCACUGAACAUGAAAAAGUGUGUCUGCAGGAAUUAGUUUUGAAAUAUAAAUUAAAUUCUGCUGCAACUAUUGGGGCUGGAAAUGCAAAUGUAAAAAAAAUGGCUUGGGUACGACUUACACAAGAAUUUAACUCCAUUGAGACCAAUAGUAAACGAACAGAGGCACAAUUAAAAAAAUGUUGGGACAAUUUAAAAACCAGAAGAAAACAAUUUCUAGCACAAGAAAAAAGGGAACGCAUGAGGACCGGAGGUGGGUUGUAUGCAGCUAGUACCUCUCAAGGCUCCCAGGAGACUAUUGAUGCUGCUCUUUUGGAUGCCACAAAUAUAGAGCUACAAGGCGUGUUUGAUAGUGAUAGUGAUAUGGUGUUGGACCACAACAUGUUAGCCCCAGUACCCGAUCUCCCUGCACCUGCAGCCCCUGCAGCACCCGCUAAUACCUCACCUGGCGAAGGACCAUCCCAAAUACAAAGAGCUAUUCCUGUGGAAGUUGAUAUUGAAAUAAUGGAUAUUCCAUAUCGUCCAUCAGCCGGGUCUCGUCUCUCCGAUUAUGAACCACCUUCUCUAAUUCAAGAGCCUGUUCCUGUGGCACAAGUAGAGCUACCUCGUCGACCAUCAACUGGAUUGAGAGAACAUGAUUAUGGAGCACCUUCCCGAACUCUAGCUUCAAAGAAUAUUCGGGCUCAUGUAAUUAACCAGGAGUUCACCUUGCGAAAAGAUAGAUAUCAGGUGAUAGUGGACAGGGAGGAGGAGCUACACAAAUUGAGGAUAGCAGAGCGGGAGUGGCUCGUGAAGGCAGCUGAGGAGACAUAUCAUAAAGCUCGCCUUGAAAAGGAAAGUGCGCAGGAGUUGCUGCUAUGCAGCCGGGCUAAGCGAGAGCUAGCAGAGCUGCAUCUUUCUAGGGAAAGAAAGAAAUAAAUUGAUAGUUUUUA